AUGCACACGCUGACUCCUCAUUCAGGCUACGCGAGGGUGGCGCUGGUGUUGGCGAGCUACUACCUUGCGGAGACCAACUGGAAGGCAAGCUCGUGCUUCUACCUGGUCGCGUUUGCGGGUGAUGCGGUCGACGGUCACGUUGCAAGAAAGUUCAAGCAAGCCUCUCGGUUCGGCGCGGUGCUGGACAUGGUGACGGACCGCUGCUCGACGGCUGGGCUGCUCCUGGUGCUGUCCCGGCUGUACGACCGCCGCCACGCCUUCGCGUUUCUCGUGCUCAUGUUCAUCGAUCUCUUCAGCCACUGGAUGCACACACACAGCGUCGUCGAAAAGCAUCACAAAUCGACGGCCACCCUCAAGCGGAGGAACAUGUUGAUCCGAACGUACUACGACAACCUCCCGUUCUUUGCCUUCUGCUGCAUCGGUGCCGAGCUGUUCUACGUGCUGCUGUACCUGCUGCACUUCGUCUCGGAGGAGAGCCGUGCCUUCGCCCCGUUGCGCACGUCCUGCUUCUGGCUGUGCCUCCCGGCGUGCGUGCUGAAGCAGUUCGUCAACAUCGCGCAGAUUUUCUCGGCAGCGAGUUGUCUCGCUCUUGAGGAGCUGGAUCAGAAAGAACGCUAACUCGCCUGAGAUGAUAGCCAGGGAGAGUUACAAAUAGUGCACUGUGAAUAGAGCAAAUGUCAAUCCGCGGGCACCGCCGUGCCUGGUGGAUCCGCCCAUCCCGGUGUAGAGAUGAGCGGGGGUGCGGCCAUUCAUAUGCAAGAGGUUGGGGGUGGAGGGAGGCCGCGCAUCGGCAUGGUUGAUACGUUGAUGCUUGUAGACGACGGAGGCGGGCUUGUCGCUAUCGUUCAUGGACAUUGUACAGCACCCACUGCUGACGCUGGCGUCCCUCACACGAACCCCGGGACGAAGCAACAGGUUGACUUCCCUCCCACCAGGCGCCGCAUCAAAGGCACCGAUCGACAAGAGCGCUAUUUGGCGCUCGGUUGUUUCGAUCGAAUCAAAUACGCUACAGGUGAGCGAGCGGCUGCACCCCACCCGUAGAAGCCGCUUGAUUGAGGGGGCUUCCUCCCUCGAGAAAAGUUUCCUUCUCAAGGGGGUAUCAAACGAAAAAAUCGAACCGUUGUUCGUGAUGCCGCUGUGAGAUGCGGAUGCCGUGGGAUACAUCUGUUUUGGCGAAUCCGCUCAUCGGCAUUCCGCAUUGGUGUACAAAGAGAGCGUCGGUAGGCGGGCCAGAGAAUCUAAAUGUUUGAGAACUGUACAUGGUACUCGAAAUGGUCGUUUUUUAUGCUUGUGCCCACACGGGGGCUUCACGAAUCGGUCGUUGAGUUAGAGGCGCGGAGGAUAGGUACUUUUUGUUUGAAAUACGAAACGAAAACCGUUUUUUUUUGUAUAUUCCGUGGUUCAUUUGUACCGUCUCUCUUGAACCGUCGAUUUGACACAGAGACGAGACGAUGGUUUGAAAGGAUAGGUAGAGACAGACGCAGUAACUACUGGCUUAUUGGUUUUGGCUGAGUUGGAAGCGCGUUGUUGUUGUCGGGCGGUUCGGCGGCGGGUCUGUCGUUGUAGAGUAGAGUUGACAUAUUUUU